ACGUAUCAUGGCGCCAAGUAUAAACCAUACUGGGAAGCGUACGGUGCAGCGGGGAAACGACCGCCAAGACGCAGACCAGUUCGUGUUUCUACCAAGUAGACCCGUCCACCACGGAGAGCCUUUGUUGUGCUGCUCACGACAUCGUCGCUGAAAGACCAACACGAUGCAGAUGCACUUUGGGUUCGGAAUGCUAUCAGCGGGUCUGCAAUCAGCAUUAGUGGCUGCUACCGGCUAUCACAGUCGGCACGCAGGAGUGCCAGGUCGGUCCCAACUCAUUUCCCAAUGGGACGUCCAGUCCAUCGCGGCAGUUAAAACGGAUUCGAUCGAACUGUCUCUCCCGGGUGCCGAUGUUUCGUCGUGGCAUCAUGUCAACGCAUCGCGCUGCACUCUCAUGGGAUGCUUGUUAGAGGCUGGAGUCUAUGACGAGUCGCAGCUGUUCUAUUCGGAUAAUCUCAAGCAAUUCGAUCGGGGUCAAUUUUCGGUGCCAUGGUUAUACCGAUAUGAGUUUUCUUUGAGUCCAACUGAAGGGCAGCACUACUUCCUAGAGACGAAUGGCAUUACUUCGAAGGCCGAUUUAUACCUAAAUGGCCAUCAAGUUGCGAACCAAACAACACAAGUCGGAGCGUAUGCCGGCCAUACAUAUGAUGUUACUGGUACCGUAUUGAAAAAUAACGCUCUUGUCGUUCAGGUUUACCCAACCGAUUACAACUAUGAUUUUGCCCUGGGUUUCGUCGACUGGAAUCCCUAUCCUCCAGACAAUGGCACAGGCGUUUGGCGUGAUAUCUUUAUCAAGCGAACUGGGUCCGUGGGUCUUACAUCCCUCCGGACCACGACCGAUUUUGAGCUGCCACACGCGGAUGGUAGUGCCUCAAUCACCGUAAUCGCAACCGUGCGGAAUUUGGAAGAUCGCGAUGUGAUCAUUGAAGCGGAGAGCGCAAUAGCGAGGAUAGGAAGCUACGAUGUGCUGACAAAGACCCAUGUUGGGAGUCUCAAGGCAUUGGGAUCUAUGGAACUGAGUCUGACAACAGUUGUGCACAAUGCAGCGAUCUGGUGGCCGAAAGCAUGGGGAAAACAACCACUUUAUAGUGCCCAGCUGUCUAUUACAGUUGAUGGAACUGUCUCCGAUAGCACGAGCACGACAUUCGGUAUCCGUAAAGUCACUUCAGAGCUCAAUUCAAACAACGAUACCGUGUUCAGGGUGAAUGGCCAUCCAUUCCAGGUCUUAGGUGGAGGUUAUUCGGCGGAUAUGUUCCUUCGUUGGGAUAGUGCCAAAUUCACAACGCAAGCUCAAUACAUGCUCGAUUUAGGUCAUAAUACCGUACGGCUUGAAGGAAAAAACGAGCACCCUGAGCUAUAUGCUAUCGCAGAUCGUAUGGGACUGAUGGUAUUGCCCGGCUGGGAAUGCUGCGAUAAAUGGGAAGCGUGGGCAUACAACGAAGAUCUAGCAGUCAAGGACGAGUGGAGCGAUAGCGAUUAUGACACUGCAGAUGUAAGUAUUAGGCAUGAAGUGGCCAUGCUCCAAAGUCAUCCAAGUGUGCUUGGCUACCUAGUUGGAAGUGACUACUGGCCAGAUGAUAGAGCGGCAUCUAUCUAUCUCCAAGCAUUCAAGGACAGUAACUGGCAGAACCCGAUUAUCGCAUCUGCUUCAAAGAGAGGAUAUCCUUCGCAACUUGGUCCGUCUGGAAUGAAAAUGGCGGGACCGUACGAUUGGGUGCCGCCUAACUAUUGGUACGAUACUGACUCAAACGAAGAUCGCCUGGGGGCGGCAUCCGGCUUUGGGUCUGAGUUGAGUGCUGGGGUCGGUACGCCAGAAUUAGGCAGCUUGAAAAAGUUCCUUACUUCUGAGGACAUGGACGCUCUCUGGCAGAACCCAGACGAGGGUCUAUAUCACAUGUCAACAAAUGUGUCCUCGUUUUAUAACCGGAAGAUUUACAACGAAGCGCUAUGGAAUCGCCUCGGUGCACCACAGUCUCUGGACGACUAUCUGCUCAAAGCUCAAAUAUUGGAUUACGAGGCAACUCGUGCUCAGUUCGAAGGUUUCUCAGCGUAUUGGAACGCGGAAAGACCCGCUACGGGCAUGAUUUACUGGAUGUUGAAUAAUGCCUGGCCAAGUCUGCAUUGGAACCUAUUCGAUUAUUACCUGCAUCCGGCUGGAUCUUAUUUCGGCGCAAAAGUUGGAAGCAGACAGGAGCACGUCGCCUAUAAUUACGCUCAUAAGUCAGUUUACCUUAUCAACCAUUCGAUUGACGUUGUUGGGGCCAGGUUUGUGGUCAUUAAGGCCAUUGGCUUGGAUGGCACAGUCAUCAACAGCACAACUCUUGACGUACAAACGUGGCCAAAUACAAGCAGAAGAAUCCAUGAUCUCUCCUAUCUCAGCUAUCCUACUGACGUCAUUUUUUUACAAUUCAUUCUAAUGGAUGUUAAGCAUAACAUAAUUAGCAGAAACGUCUAUUGGCUGGCCAAAACGCUUGAUACUUUGGACUGGGAGAAUUCUGACUGGUUCUAUACUCCCGUAAACGAGUAUGCAAAUUACAGCGCUCUAGAAAGCCUUCGGGAGGCAAAUGUUGUCGUAUCAGCAAACACAUUGCCUCAUGGUGACACCACGAAAGUAGUGCUGGAAAAUAAGUCCGACGGUCUCGCCUUCUUCAUCAGUCUUAACCUCGUCGACGAUGCUGGCCAGGAUGUAUUGCCUGUGUUCUGGUCUGACAAUUAUGUGAGCCUUUGGCCACACGAAACACUCGAAUUGGAAGUUGAGACGUUUGGGAGCAAGGCAAAGACGCUUCAGAUCAGAGGAUACAACGUGGCAAAAUCCAUUGUGUCUAUACACCACAUGUAGUUUGCUAAGGGGCUACGAGAGUGUCACUUGUCACUCCUUCUACAUAUCUCUAGCGCAGUAUGAGAUACGCAUUGAUCCGAAACAUCAUCGGCAAGAAGACAAGUAAUCUGUGACCAUCUCACCCAGAGAACCUCGUCAAGAGAGGGCUUCGUUAAGACAGGGCUUUGGUCACGUGAUACUAU